AUGCCCACGUUGAAGUAUAUAGUCUUCACUGUCCGAUUUGAGACUGAUGAAGACUCCGCUUUCGACGCACUAGAAAGUGAUGCUCGUAUAGUAAACCUCAACCACAUUGCCCUAAAUGCAGGCAGGUUGCGAAGUGAGAAGGCAAAGUGGAACUGGAGCCGGGAGGUGGCAGUCGUCACAGGAGGAUGUAGCGGAAUCGGGGAGCUGGUGGUCAAGAGAUUGAUCAGUAAAGGGAUAAGGGUAGCAGUGCUGGAUAUUCAGCAAUUGCCUUCCGGGUUGCAGGGCUAUGCCGGUCUGAAGUUCUUCAAAUGCGAUGUUACCGACCCAUCCGAAGUCUAUUCCAUCGCCGAAAAGAUCAAGGAAACGAUGGGUUCACCGACUAUUCUCAUCAACAAUGCCGGUAUCCUAGCUUCUCACACCAUUCUUACCACAUCCGACGUGUAUCUUCGGAAGAUCUUCGAUGUAAAUGUGCUCAGCAACUGGUAUACCACCAAAGCGUUCCUGCCAGAUAUGCUUCGUCACAACAAGGGCCAUGUCGUGACAGUCGCAAGUACUGCAAGCUUCGUUGGUGUCGCUGGUCUGGCGGAUUACUGUGCGACGAAGGCGGCCAUUCUCAGCUUCCAUGAAGCGCUCAACCAGGAACUCAAGCUCCACUACAACAGCCCAAACGUACUGACAACAUCCAUACAUCCCAAUUGGGCUCGCACGCCUCUUCUCGCACCCGUAGAACAGGAGCUCAAGAAGCAGGGAUCUGCAAUUAUUGAGCCGACUGCCGUCGCGGAUGCGAUUGUUGGAAGGAUCAUGGGCUGCAGCGGCGGACAGGUCUUCCUGCCUAGCAGUAUAAACAAAAUCAGUUUGUUGAGAGGAUUGCCGAAUUGGGUACAAGAGAAUGUUCGAAGUGGUCCGAGCAAAGCGAUCUACAACACUGUCAAAUAG